ACAACAAAUACAAUUUAUUUUGAUAAUGUUUAUCACAGAUAAGUCAUAAAUAUUAGUAUGUACAUUUAAUAGCAUUUGCCGCUUUAAUAAAUAUCUGAUUCAGCAUUCUGAUGGAAUACCUUCACAUACACAUUUUUAUAGUGUAAUACCCUGGAAUAUAACAUUUAUUUAUGGUAAUACCGUCAGAUAUUACAGAAUUAUACCCUCAGAUAUAUCCUCAGCUAUCACAUUCUAAUACAGUGUAAUAUACUCUAACAGCUUAACAAACUCAAGUAUUCUUUAUUACAGUGUAAUACCCUCCUAUAUAACUAUCAGAUAUAACAUGUAUUUAUAAUAUUAUACCCUCAGACAUAAUAUUUAUUAGUUAUACUAUCAGAUAUAACAUGUAUUUACAAUGUUAUACCGUCAGACAUAAUAUUUAUUAGUGUUAUACUAUCAGAUAUAACAUGUAUUACAAUGUUACACCGUCACACAUAACAUUUAUUACAGUGUAAUACUAUCACAGUGUUAUACUAUCAGAUAUAACAUUUAUUACAGUGUUAUACUAUCAGAUAUAACAUGUAGUACAGUGUUAUACUAUCAGAUAUAACAAUAAUUGCAGAAUAAUACCCUCAGACAGUAUUUAUUACAGUGUUAUACUCUCAGAAUCAGAUAUUACAUUUACUUCUGUAUAUUACCCUUGGAUACAAUAUAAAUGAAUUAUUACUAAUUAACUUUAUGAUUGAAUAAAAACUAGGCUUUAUACAUAGGUGUUCUGUCUGUGAUAACCCACACAAUGAUAGCUCUAGAGUGACAUCAUCAUAGGAUUAUCUAACCCCAGGAUUAACGUUGGCCACAAUUUAACCACCCUCCCUUCAAAUGUUGUUCUUACUCCAAUACAAUACAAGAAUCAAUAUGAAUAUUAUAAAAAGGAAAUGAAAAUUUAAUUAGUCAGAAUAUAUGUUUCAUGAUUUAAUAUUUCACUAAAUUAAGGGGGAGGAGGCUGGCCUGGUACUGUCAGCUUUUACCUUGAUAUGUAGAGCUUGCCACAUUUCCUUGAGCUAUGUUUGUAUGCUUCCCUCACUUCCUACUUAAAGCUUUACUAGUAUACUUCCCUCAAUUCACACUUACAGCUAUACAAGUAUACUUCACUCACUUCCUACUUACAGCGAAACAAGUAUACUUCACUCACUUCCUACUUACAGCUAUAGUAGUAUACUUCACUCACUUCCUACUUACAGCUAUACAAGUAUACUUCACUCAAUUCACACUUACAGCUAUACUAGUAUACUUCACUCACUUCCUACUUACAGCUAUACUAGUAUACUUCCCUCACUUCCUACUUACAGCUAUAGUAGUAUACUUCACUCAAUUCACACUUACAGCUAUACUAGUAUACUUCCCUCAAUUCCUACUUACAGCUAUAGUAGUAUACUUCGAUCAAUUCACACUUACAGCGAAACAAGUAUACUUCACUCAAUUCACACUUACAGCUAUACUAGUAUACUUCACUCAAUUCACACUUACAGCUAAACAAGUAUACUUCACUCAAUUCACACUCACAGCUAUACUAGUAUACUUCACUCGAUUCACACUUACAGCUAUACUAGUAUACUUCCCCAAAAUCACACUAACAGCUAUACUAGUAUGCACACAUCAAUUCACACUUACAGCUUUACUAGUAUACUUCCCCCAAAUCACACUUACAGCUAUACUAGUAUACUCCCCCCAAAUCACACUUACAGCUAUACUAGUAUACUUCCCCCAAAUCACACUAACAGCUAUACUAGUAUACUUCACCCAAAUCACACUUACAGCUAUACAAGUAUACUUCCCCCAAAUCACACUAACAGCUAUACUAGUAUACUCCCCCCAAAUCACACUUACACCUAUACUAGUAUACUUCCCCCAAAUCACCCUAACAGCUAUACUAGUAUACUUCACCCAGAUCACACUAACAGCUAAACUCGUAUGUCUGGAGUGA